GCCGCGUCGGCGCGGCGGAGGCGCGGGGCUCGGAAGAUGAAGUCCUCGGUCCAUUCUGAAGAGGAUGAUUUUGUUCCAGAACUACAUCGAAACAUUCACCCUCGAGAGAGACCUGAUUGGGAAGAAACACUUAGUGCAAUGGCAAGAGGAGCCGACGUUCCAGAGAUUCCAGGAGACCUUACUUUGAAGACAUGUGGCAGCACUGCCAGUAUGAAGGUUAAACAUGUGAAAAAACCCACCAAUCCGGGACUGCUGGGCUGCGAUAACCUUCACAGGUUACCCUUCACUAAAGGCCAUUUUCCGAAGAUGGCUGAAUGCGCACAUUUCCAUUAUGAGAAUGUUGAGUUCGGCAGUAUCCAGCUGUCACUUUCAGAAGAGCAGAAUGAAGUAUUGAAAAAUGGCUGUGAAUCGAAAGAACUGGUCUACCUCGUACACAUUGCUUGUCAGGGCAAAAGCUGGAUUGUUAAAAGAAGUUACGAAGAUUUCCGGGUCCUUGAUAAACACCUUCAUCUGUGUAUUUAUGACAGAAGGUUCUCGCAGCUCUCAGAACUUCCCCGCUCCGAUGCCCUGAGGGACAGUCCUGAGUCAGUGACUCAGAUGCUCAUGGCUUACCUGUCCCGCCUUUCAGCUAUUGCUGGCAACAAGAUCAAUUGUGGACCUGCUCUUACUUGGAUGGAGAUUGAUAAUAAGGGAAAUCAUCUUCUGGUUCAUGAGGAAUCAUCCAUCAACACUCCUGCUGUUGGUGCUGCGCAUGUCAUCAAGAGGUACACUGCCCGGGCCCCCGAUGAGCUGAACUUAGAGGUGGGCGACAUUGUUUCGGUCAUUGACAUGCCCCCCAAAGUGUUAAGCACAUGGUGGAGAGGCAAACAUGGAUUUCAGGUCGGACUCUUCCCAGGACACUGUGUUGAAUUAAUCAACCAGAAAGUUCCUCAAUCUGUGACCAACUCAGUGCCCAAACCCGUGUCGAAAAAGCACGGCAAGCUCAUCACUUUCCUACGCACAUUCAUGAAGUCUCGGCCAACAAAACAGAAAUUGAAGCAGCGGGGAAUCUUGAAAGAGAGGGUGUUUGGUUGUGACCUGGGGGAACAUCUCCUGAAUUCUGGGUUUGAAGUACCCCAGGUGCUUCAAAGCUGUACGGCAUUCAUUGAGAGGUAUGGCAUUGUGGAUGGAAUAUAUCGGCUCUCCGGUGUUGCCUCCAAUAUCCAGAGACUACGUCAUGAAUUUGACUCUGAGCAUGUCCCCGACCUAACAAAAGAACCCUAUGUUCAAGACAUCCACUCAGUGGGCUCUCUCUGCAAGCUCUACUUCCGGGAACUGCCCAACCCUCUGCUCACCUACCAGCUGUAUGAGAAGUUCUCAGAUGCUGUUUCUGCAGCAACAGAUGAAGAAAGGUUGAUAAAAAUUCAUGAUGUCAUCCAGCAGUUGCCUCCUCCACACUACAGAACACUGGAGUUCCUAAUGAGACACUUGUCUCUUCUAGCUGACUAUUGUUCCAUCACAAAUAUGCAUGCAAAAAACCUGGCCAUCGUUUGGGCUCCAAACCUGCUCAGAUCGAAACAGAUCGAAUCUGCCUGCUUUAGUGGAACCGCAGCUUUCAUGGAAGUGAGAAUUCAGUCUGUGGUGGUUGAAUUCAUCCUCAACCAUGUGGACGUGCUCUUCAGUGGGAAGAUCAGUGCUGUCAUUCAGGAGGGAGCAGCUGCUUUAUCAAGACCCAAGUCUCUGUUGGUUUCCUCUCCCUCUACCAAGCUGCUGAGCCUGGAGGAAGCCCAGGCACGAACACAAGCACAGGCCAACUCUCCAAUGGUAACGGAGAAUAAAUAUAUCGAAGUGGGAGAGGGCCCUGCUGCCCUGCAGGGGAAGUUUCACACCAUCAUCGAGUUCCCACUUGAAAGGAGGAGGCCUCCAAACAAAAUGAAGAAAUCUCCCGUGGGCAGCUGGCGUUCCUUCUUCAACCUGGGGAAAUCAUCCUCUGUUUCAAAGCGGAAGCUGCAGCGCAAUGAAAGCGAACCUUCUGAGAUGAAGGCCAUGGCUCUGAAAGGAGGCAGAGCAGAAGGAACCCUGCGUUCAGCGAAAAGUGAGGAAUCUCUUACUUCACUCCAUGCAGUCGAUGGUGACUCCAAGCUCUUCCGGCCCAGACGGCCUCGGUCGAGCAGCGAUGCCCUGAGCGCCACCUUCCCCGGAGAUGUACUGGGCAACCGCUAUAACUCCUACGACAACCUGCCCCGAGACAACGAAAGUGAGGAGGAAGUGGGGCUGCUCCAUAUCCCUGCCCUCAUCUCUCCGCACUCCACCGAGGAGGUGGACCUGAGCCCCCCGGACAUUGGAGUAGCCAGCCUAGAUUUCGACCCCAUGUCAUUUCAGUGCAGUCCCCCCAAGGCCGAAGCCGAGUGUCUGGACAGCGGCACCUCUUUUUUAGAUUCACUCGGCUAUGCCAAGGAGAAACCAAGCAGUGAGAAGAAUGAGGCUGAGCAGGGCCAGACUCCGGGCAGCACGGCCAGCUCAGAGCCCGUCUCUCCACUGCAGGAGAAACUGAGUCCCUUCUUCACCCUGGACCUGAGCCCCCCAGAAGAAAAAUCCUCCAAGCCCUCCACGUUCACCGAGAAGGUGGUUUAUGCCUUCUCCCCCAAGAUCGGACGGAAGCUGAGCAAGUCUCCAUCUCUGAACAUCUCUGAGCCCAUCUCAGUGACCCUGCCCCCACGGGUGUCCGAAGUCAUCGGAACCUCCCCAAAUAGCACAGCCCAGAGCACCUUGGCAACUACCUGGAGCCGAAGUGCAGAUGAAAGCGACUUCCUAAGCAUCUCCCCCACCCAGGCGGUGACCGAGAAAGUCCCAGAGAGUGAGGCCCCGGCCCCCCAUGAGCGUGAGGCAGAACCCCUGGAGCCAACAGUGCCAGAAUCUGGAGUAUCCGAGUCGCCAGGAAAGGAGAAGCCGCCGGUGCCAAGCUGCCAGAGUCAGGCUGUACCUUCUGGACAGACUCAGACAGGAGCAGUUGCCCAUGACCCCCCUCAGGAUCCCGUUCCCGUCAGUUCAGUCUCUAUUAUCCCACCACCGCCACCUCCGAAAAACGUAGCUCGCCUGUUGGCACUAGCAUUAGCCGAGUCGGCGCAGCAAGCUUGCACUCAGCCCCUCAAGAGGCCAGGGCCUUUCCCAGCUAUCCAGCCGGAGUAUGGAGCCGCUGCAGUCACAGCGGAGGACAGAGUGCCCGGCCCUUAUUCUAGUGAUGCACUCGAUAAAGCCUACUUCCCGAUGGACAGGCCAGGAGAGCAACCCCAACUCCAGAACAAUGCAGCCAGCUUCUGUGGUCCACCAGGGCCCAACGCAGCAACCUCCACUGAGGAUCACAUCCACUGCCCAACCCAGGGAACAGGGGAACAUCUCCAGCAGACCAACUUACCGGGGAAUCAGGCGCAUCUAGCCUAUUUGUCUGGAGACCCAGACCAGCCCAGAGUGGCCUCUGUGGCCUCGCCAGAAUGUAAGUGUGAGGAGCAACGAAGUUUUCCCGAGGAGCAGCGUGGGAAGGCCAGUCAGCCCACUGUCACCUUUCUGGACCUCGACCCGUCCCAGCUGCACUUCUACAACGUGGACCAGCCGCCGGCCCUACUGGGCUCUGGUGGGGAGAUGGCCCGUCAGCCCGCAGAACAGGCAGGCAAACCUCUAGCACCUUCAAAUUUCCCCCGGGACAAAAUCCACCUGCCUUCUGCAUCCUCUGAGGAUCAUAUUGGCACAGCUACAGCCGUGGCUGCUGGUUACCUGGCAGCUGCUGAAAUGGGUGCCCGAGAAGCCAGCUGGGAAGCCACCGAGCCCCCUCUGGUCCCCAGCUCUGCUGCCGCCACCCUCCCGCGUUCGCACAGGACUAACCGACCCCUUCCCCCGCCUCCUUCCCAGCGCUCAGCUGACGUGCAUCUACAUGUGGGGCAGGUGCCAGCAGCAAGCAGUGUGGGCCUGGCCGCCCCCCACAAGGUUCCAGGAGCAGCACUAGUUACUGAGAGGCCACCGGAACCCAGAGUCACAGGUGACCCAGCCCUGGUCCUGCUCGGCGACGUGGGCCCCGUGCCUCAGUGCCCCAUGCCUGCUCCUGCUCCCCAGCCAGGCCUCCUCGAGAAGGUGCGGGAAGGUACCAGGGCGCCGCCACUGCAGCCGAGAGCUGAGCCCAUCCCCUUAUACUCCUCCUGCGGCUUCUCAGCGCCUGUACCUCCUACCAGGACCAUGGAAAGUAAGAUCGCCGCCGCCCUGCAUGCGGGCACUGCUGACAUGCCCAGCAUGUCCACCUACCACUCCUUUGCCACUGUGGAUGACAGCUUGCCUCUGCCCCUGCCCAUCUCACAGCCUAAACACGCACCUCAGAAAGCCGCAUACACCGCCUUCGCCACUCCCGAUCUCACUGCUGAGCCCUUUGGUCCGGAAAACUGUGUGCAUUUCACCAUGACAUCCAAUUGCCAGUUUCGCCCCCAGAGUGUCCCUCCACAUCCCAAUAAAUUGGAGCAGCACCAAGUGUAUGGGGCCAGGUCCGAGCCACCGGUGUCCAUGGGGCCCCCGUAUGGCACCUACGUCGCCCCGGGGAGGAGCACGACUGGACUCCACGCCAAGCCAUGCAGCCGAGUAGAGUAUGUCUCUUCCCUGAGCUCCACCAUUCGGAAUCCGUGCUACCCCGAAGACAUCCCCCCGUACCCCACCAUCCGCCGGGUGCAAUCUCUCCACGCCCCACCAGCCUCCACCAUCCGCUCCGUCCCCAUCUCACGGACGGAAGUGCCCCCCGAUGACGAGCCAGCCUACUGCCCCCGUCCCCUGUACCAGUACAAGCCAUAUCCGCCCUCCCAGGCCCGCUCCGACUACCACGUCACCCAGUUACAGCCUUACUUUGAGAAUGGCCGGGUCCACUACCGCUACAGCCCCUACUCCAGCGCUUCCACCUCGUACUUCAGCCCCGACGGGACCCUGUGUGACGUGGACACGUAUAGCACCGUGCAGUUGCGGCCCCUGCACCGACUCCCCAACCGAGACUUCGCUUUCUACAACCCCAGGCUGCCCGGGAAAAGUUCGUACAGCUAUGGGGGUCUGCCCCCACGCCCUAGGGCCACCGCGGCUGGCUUCUUCCCCGGCCAUGACCACAGCAUGGGCACCGUCCUGCCACCAUCAGCUGAGGCCAAGGCCUCAUACGCAUCCUGGGACCUGGAGGACAUGGAGAAGUACCGAUUGCAGUCCCUGCGGCGGGACAACCGUGCCCGGCAGAAGGCAAAGGGCCCCGUGAUGUCACAGUAUGACAACAUGACACCUGCAGGCCAGGACGACCUGGGCGGCAUCUAUGUCAUCCACCUGCGCAGCAAAUCUGAUCCUGGGAAAACUGGACUCCUAUCGGUGGCCGAGGCCAAGGAGGGCCGGCUCCCCACCAAGGUGAGUCCCGAGGGUGACGAGCGCUUCUGCCGGAGGCACCUCGAGUCGGAGCUGGACCCCAGGGUGCACUCCCACUCCAGCUUCGGCAAUGGGCAGACCGAGAAGCCGUCGCUGCCACAGAAGCAGAGCAGCCUCCGGAGCCGCAAGCUACACGAACCGGGCUGCGGCCUCCCCGAGCACCGGGCACACCAGGAAUCAAGCCAUAGGCCGCUGUGCGAGUCCAAAAAUGGAACCCCCUUCCCACCAGGCCCGUUAGAGUACGGGGCCUCCGCAGAGCCCAUCAGCUACCACAACUCUGGAGGGAAAUACGUCCCCACGGGCCAGGAGGCUUUGACGUUGCGACUCAACCCCAGGGAGGUCAGGCUCUUCCAAGAGCUGGAGCGGCCCCGGGCCCGUGCAGAGAAACACUCCCGAGACGGCUUCAAGGAGGAGGACCCUGGAGCAGCACCCCCUAAGCCAGAGCGGAGCCACAGCCUGAAACUGCACCACAGCCAGGCUGGGGAGAGGGACCCUAACGCCCCCUACCACUACCCAAUGCACGGCAAGCGUCACAGUGGCGGUGUAGCGGUGGUGUCACAGUACGACAACCUGGAGGGUUACCACUCCCUGCCCCAGCACCAGCGAGCAGGCUUCGGAGGUGGAGCCGGGGGCCCCUGUGUGCCCACCGGCUUUCCUCACCCGCAGAGCAGGACUUAUGCCACGGCACUGGGGCAGGGAGCCUUCCUGCAGGCCGAGCUGGCCUUGCAGCGGCCCGAGACACAGGUCCAUGCAGAAUGAGCCCCCUGGAAGCCACAGAGUCGAAGCAGCCUCUGCAGGACAGCGGACUGUUUUAUUUUUGUCAAUAACCAAAAAAAAAAAAAAGAGAGAGAGAGAGAGAUUAAAAGUUAAAAGAAUAAAGUUACCACUCCCCCCAUCACAUUUUAAAAACAAUAAUAAUAGGGAAGACAAACAAGACGCCAUCUCCCUUCUCCCCACCCUUUCCUCCACCCUGCCUCUCUCAUCCAUAGGCACCCCUUUAUUGUCAGUGCUGCAGGCUGGAUGUGCAUAAAGUCCAAGCUGGGAGAAAUCUGUCUUCGGUAUUGGCCCCCACAGAGCUUAUCUGGAAAGAUCACUGUUGCGGAGUCUUGAGUUUGUUGCCCUUUGGGGUCUGCCUGUGUGGUUUUGAGCGAUAGGUGUUUCCUCAAAUGCCUUGCUGCCUUCUCUAGCCUGACCCACUGCAGGGGUCAUGGCCUGUCUGCUUCUCCCUGGUCCUGUUUGGGUCCCAAGUGGAGGGCAGCCUCUCCCCAAUCCUGCAGACAAAUAUCUAACAAAUAGCUAACAGACGAAGGCAUUAAGGUUUUCAGCAUUUAGCGAUUAUCACCCUGUAUCUGAUCGUGUAAACCCAGGUGAAACCAUGCUCACUAGGAUCUGAGUUUUAACACUUGAAUUCUCACCUCUCAUGAACUAGGCUCGGGGCACACACAGAAAGGAGGCUUUGGGAUGUUCACAUUCACAGCCGUCUUAGAGCCUUAUCCACACCAGAAGACACCAUCAGUACUGCUAGCCUGCCUUUUGUUGCUUUUUGUUCGCCAAUGUUUGAUAGAACACAAUCCUAGUAAAACACCUCACACCAUUUGUUCUCUUGGAAAAUUUUUCCUCUUUUCAUUAA